AUGUACUGCCUGGUUUCAAAGUGUCCAGCUCAGUCAAUAACGAGACCCAGAUCUUCUGGAAAAAGCGAGCCUUCUCCACGUCGACCAGGAGCACCCCUCCUUAUGGCAGCACUUCAGACCACUUUAUGGAGGUGUAUUUCUGGGAUCUUAGGAGUGACCUGCCUUUCGUUGAUGGCUGUUUUGGGAACUUUGUUGGUGUUUCAUACAUCUCAUAAAAAUAAUAAUGAGCAGACAAUCUCUCCAGGAGAUACCGCUGAACUCCAGGAAGACUCUGGAAACAGUUCUUGCCGAGAAAGAUGGAUCGGCUAUAAAUGCAACUGUUACUUCAUAUCCAGUGAAUUAAAAACUUGGAAAAACAGUAAUGAUUCCUGUGCUGCUCAGAAUUCCACCCUUCUUCAGAUGGACAACAGAGAUGAAUUGGCAUGUAUUUAA